AAAAAGGCAGCAAAUUUGUCAUAAGUGUCUAUCUUAUCACUGUACAAUUUUUAAUUGAAGUAAUUGGUACUCCUCAAGAGUUUUGUGUGAUUCACAUUACACUAUUAAAAUUAAAAUAUUAAAUCUAUUAAAAUGCUACAAAAUAUAAUUGAUUUCUGCAACUAUUGGUGGUUUCGAUACCUUAUGGUCACUGAGCUGUACAUGGUCGAAAAGUGGGAACGUGUGACAAUUCAUGUAAUAUUUGCAGUACUCUUUUGUCUCUUUUGGUACUUUAACUAUUCGGUGCUUUUAUCGUUCACGGGAAAUAUACUUGGUAUUACACCCAUUUCCACAAUUAUUGAUCAGCAGGGUAGCAAAAUCGCAUAACUAUAGUGAUAUAGUGAUUGCAUUGUCUGGUAGCCGGUAGAAACACUGGAACAAUCACAUAUAGCGAGGUGAAAAUUCCAACAUAUAAAUAGUCAUUAUAAGUGCAUUAAAGUGAAAAUAAAGAUUUCUACACAAACGUACUGUAAGCUACACAUCGGGAAAAAUAUUCAAAUGUUAUCGAGACCCAGCAAGUAAGAAAAUGUUGCAACACCAGUAUAUGAAAACAAAGGACAUUAUUUAUUUAAUAGUGUAACAAUACCUCGAUAGUGAACUCAUUUCAGUAAUGCCUUGUAACAAGUACUCUUAAAAAUAUUUAAAAGUGAACAAAUAUUAUUGUUAUAUUUAUUUUUAAAUAAUUAACAUUUAACAUAUUAAAAGGCUGCAAAGUUAAAAAAACACUAUGCAAAUGCUAAUUGUUAAGUAUAUCAAAAAAAAAAAGAAAUUUUAAUAUUUUUGUCCACACCUAAACUUUACACAUACAUACAUUACAUAUGUAAUAUAGUUAAGCAAACAAUUUCCACAUUUAUCAAGAACAAGUAUUAAAAGCUAAUUUGUGAAAAAUUAAAAAU